AUGAGCGACGCGGAAGUGCUCAUGGCUUCCGUGUUCCCGCAUUUGUUCAUGCUUGACAAAGGUACGACCGAAAUCGUCGUGGUUAGUUACAGCUCGGCACGUGCUACCAACAAGGCGCACGACAUGCAACGCCAGGGCAAGACGCCGGCACGCAAGGCCAUCGACACGAAAGAGAACGCUAUCACGGGCAAGAAGCCGCGCAUUGACGCUUCGAGCAUCAACAUACUUCCAGCAAAGCGUCGCACGAAAGGCCUCAUGCUCCAGCUCAGCAACAUCUACACCAUCACGAAUGCGCUGGUCUGUAACCACGACGAUUUCGGUCGUAUAUUCGACCCGCACCUCCACUUUGCCAUCCGAUUCUACAACGCCACCAUCGUCCGCUCGGUCGACGACGACUCUACCAUCCCGGAGAUCGAUGUCUCCGCGACCAUUGCAACGCUGCCAACGAUACCCGCGUUCGAAGUCAUCGAAAUCGUUGGCAUCGUUGCAAUGGUCACGGAGAUACCCGCGUUCGAAGUCAUUGAAAUCGUUGCAAUGGUCACGAAGACAUCGAUCUCUGGGAUGGUAGAGUCGUCGUCGACCGAGCGGACGAUGGUGUCGUUCAUGAAUAAAUGCGGGAACACGGAAGCCAUGAGCACGUCGUUUCGGUCCAACUCGCAAAUUGGGUCGUCGUCGCUCGUCACGACAGCCACCAACGGGUCGCUGGCGCCUGGGCAUCUUCGCUCGUACCACCAGUUUGCGGCCACCGGGUGA